AUCGCGACCCUGGGGCAGUUGGCCUCGCUGUCAUGUGGCGGGGUGUCCCCGUCUGCCUACGAAUCCUUCUGCAGUGGCGGCUGGCGCUCUGGUCCCACAGCUUUGCCAGGACUUGGGGCUGUAGGGAGGCGAUGGCCGAGGCGCUCUGUACCCAGGCCGAGGCAGCGGGCGAGUUGAAGGCUCCGGUUCAGCAAAAUGGAGACUCCGGGAGUGACGGGAGCGGAGAGCCGCUCCGCGAGGGCCUGGAGCCGCCGCCGGCGGGGGAUCAGGUCCCAGCUCCGGUCGCCGACUCAGGCAAGAGGAAGAAGCGGCGAGGCGCCGCCGGGGAACGGGUCGUGCCGCCCCCGAAGAAACGGCGGACUGGGGUCAGCUUCGGCGAUGAGCACUUUGCAGAGACCACCUACUACUUCGAGGGCGGCCUGCGCAAGGUGCGGCCCUAUUACUUUGACUUCCAGACCUACUGUAAAGGUCGCUGGGUGGGCCGCAGCUUGUUGCACGUCUUCAGCACCGAGUUCCGAUCCCAGCCACUGGCGUACUACGAGGCUGCAGUCCGGGCGGGACGGCUGCAUCUCAACGAGGAACCGGUUCAGGACCUCAGCAUCGUGCUCAAGGACAACGACUUCCUGCGGAACACGGUGCACAGACAUGAGCCACCAGUCACUGCAGAGCCUAUUCGCCUGCUAGCUGAGAAUGAAGAUGUGGUUGUUAUAGACAAGCCGUCCUCCAUUCCUGUCCACCCCUGUGGCCGUUUCCGACACAACACGGUCAUCUUCAUCCUAGGCAAGGAGCACCAGCUGAAGGAGCUGCACCCGCUACAUCGGCUCGAUCGCCUCACCUCAGGAGUGCUCAUGUUUGCCAAGACGGUUGCGGUCUCGGAGAAGAUCCAUGAGCAAGUUCGGGACCGGCAGCUGGAGAAGGAGUACGUAUGCCGAGUGGAAGGGGAAUUCCCUGACAAGGAGGUAACUUGCAAGGAACCCAUCUUAGUGGUGUCUUACAAGGUAGGAGUGUGCCGCGUGGAUCCCCGGGGCAAGCCCUGUGAGACUGUGUUCCAGAGACUGAGCUACAAUGGCCACUCCAGUGUGGUACAGUGCCGACCACUUACAGGCCGUACUCACCAGAUCCGAGUCCACCUCCAGUUCCUGGGCCACCCCAUCCUCAAUGACCCCAUCUACAAUUCAGCUGCCUGGGGUCCUUCUCGAGGCCAGGGUGGCCACAUUCCAAAGACAGAUGAGGAACUCCUCCGGGACCUGGUCGCAGAACACCAGGCCAAAGAAAGCCUGAAUUUACUAGAUCUCUGUGAGGGUGACCUGGCCUCAGGCCUCAUGGACUCCACGGCCCCCUCUUCAGAGUUGGCCAAGGGUGGCCCGGAAGAGUUGGCUACAGUAGCCCAGAAGAGAGAUGGAAAAGCUGAGGCAGCCUCUCAGGAUCUGGACACACCAGAGAAGACAGCUAAAGCAGAUGUUACGAAUCAAGAAACAGACCCACUCUGUGCAGAGUGCCGGGUGUUGCGACAGGAUCCCUUGCCCCAAGAUCUUGUGAUGUUCCUGCAUGCCCUCCGCUAUAAAGGGCCAGACUUUGAGUAUGUCUCACCCAUGCCAGUCUGGGCUCGGGAUGACUGGCAGGAAGCCUGAGGGGUGUGUCCAGUGGGAGAAUGACUUCUUGGGUUGUAAGGAGGAUGGGCCUUGGGGCAGGGACUGAUCCCAUUGGUUGAUACUCAGGGUUUGGGAAGAGUGAGGUUUCACUGUAAAGGAACCUGCUUGUACUUGCUACCUCCUUCCUCUUAGUUCAUUUGGGGACUUACAGGACUGUAAAUAUAUCAUUUUUUUCUAGCACCUUG